AUGCACCGGGCCAACCAGAGUGUGGUGCUUGACGCACAGGUGGUGGGGACACGGGCCGCUUUGUCAGAAGCGUACCAUGUGAAGAGGAACAAAUACCUCAUCCCCGACCUCUUGAAGCAAGUCAACCAGAACUCCUCUGCUGUAGUGGCAGCAGUGACGCUGUCGUACCACGGAACCUGGGCAAGAGACUCCAGCUAUCCAUUAGAAGCGUGCCUCCUGACACCAGUGCCCGGACGACCAGCUCCUGGCACCCCUGAGAACCACUACAACAAGGCCCACACCGCCAUGCGCACUGUUGUGGAGAGGUGCAUCGGGGUCCUAAAGAGCAGGUUCCAAAGCUUACAGCGUUAUCAGACCCUGCUCUACAAUCCCGAUCGAGCAGCCACCAUCAUUGCUGCUUGUGCAGCUCUGCACGAUAUUGCGUUGGCGGCACAUGAGCCUGUUCUCGAAGGGCACGAUGACGACACCGACGAUGUUGAGCUGCUGCCAGCAGCAGCUGACCUACCACCACCACCACAACGGGAGCCAGCAGCAGCGCAACCACGCAAUGAACCUGCUUCGAGGACCACAGGGCCUGCAUGCCGAGCACCUGCGCAGAGUACGCCGCCGCCUGCAACGACCUCGGCAGCAUUGUGUGGUGGCUUCCGCUGCAAUGAGGGCCCGGGCGAGGGUACCAACGCCUUGCAGUUCGUGGACCACGUCACCGAGAACUUGAACCUGGCGCAGCUUUCUAAUGAUGCCUGGCCCUGCCGCCUGGUGUUUGCGGCUAGUAACUCCAGCGCCUUGGCCUGCCGGUUGCCCACAUCUCGCAGCUGCGGCAUGAGCUGGAAACCAAGAAAUGUGUUGCCAUUAUCAUCUAUAAAUUUCCUGGACUCUUCGCUCGAAGCUUAUGUUACCACUUUGGCUGUGAACGGCACAAUGUGCCAUUCAAAGCCAAAGUCGUAA